AUGAGACUUACCACAGCAGUGCUGUUGCUGAGUCUCCUGGCACUGGGCCUCUGCGAAGAGGCAGCCAAGGAGGCAAACAGCGACAACGACAAGAACCACAAGGCCGAGGCCAAAUCCGACAAAGCAGACGGCGACGAGCAAAGCGCCGAGGCCUCGGAAAAGAAGCAGGAGAAACGCGGCCUCUACAGCUUCGAGGGUGACUUCUCCGGUGGCUACGGCGAGCACCACGACUUCUCCGAGUACCACCAUCACGAGCCGGAACAUCAUCAUCAUCAUCAUCACUACGAGCCCCAACACGAGCACUCGAAGAUCAAGCAGAUAACCAUCGAGAAGACCGUCAAGGUGCCCUACGUCGUCGAGAAGAAAGUACCCGUGCCAGUGGAGAAGGAGGUACACGUGCCCGUGAAGGUCCACGUGCCCCAGCCCUACCCGGUCGAGAAGAAGGUGCCAGUCCCGUACAAAGUGCACGUCAAGGUGCCCUACCACGUACCAGCCCCGUACCCGGUCGAGAAGAAGGUCUACUACCCGGUCCACGUGCCGGUAGAGCGUCCAGUGCCGCACAAGGUCUACGUGGCCGCUCCUUACCCGGUCGAGAAGAAGGUCUACGUGGAGAAGAAGGUUCACGUGCCCCAGCCCUACCCGGUGGUCAAGCACGUGCCCUACCCGGUCAAGGUACCGGUCCACGUGCCGCAACCCUACCCGGUGGUCAAGCACGUGCCCUACCCGGUCAAGGUGCACGUCGACAAGCCCCGACCUGUACCCGUGGAGAAGCCCUACCCCGUGCCGGUCGAGAAGAAGGUGCCCGUCCACGUGGAGAAAGUAGUGCCGUACCCAGUGAAGGUGCACGUGCCGAAGCCCCGGCCGGUGCCCGUCGACAAGCCCGUGCCGUACCCCGUGAAGGUGCCGGUGCCCGCGCCCUACCCCGUCGAGAAGAAGGUCCACGUGCCCGUCGACAAGCCGGUGCCCUACGAGGUCAAGGUGCCCGUCGUGCGACACUACCCCGUGCACAUCGAGAAGAAGGUGCCCGUCUACGUGAACAAGCCGGUGCCGUACCCGGUCAAGGUGCCCUACCCCGUUCCGAUCCACCACGAGGAGCACCACCACCACCACGAGGAGCACCACGACCAUCACGAGUACGAGCACCAGCAUCACGGUGGCUACGGUGACUUCGGCGCCGAGGGCUCCGACGUUCACGAGCACUCCUAUUGA